UUUAACGAACGAAGGAAGCUCAGUUCUGCUCAUUCUCACAAAUUGUAUAUAUGUAUGUAGUUAUUGGAGAAAAGGGCAAGCAAUGAUUGAUAUUAGUUCCAAAAGGCGCGCAUAACUUUAUUCUAGCUUCCUUAAUUACAAACGUCCAUUACAUAUAUGUACUUACUUACAUAGAAAUUGUAUAUUUACAGCCGACAACAUAGUAAAAUAAAAACGAUAUUUCUGUGCAUUUGCUUAGUUCACUACCUGACCGUUGCGUUUAGGUAGUGCCCGCUUUCGUACCACUGUAUUUUCUACAGAGAAGUGCAGGAAACUUGCUUGGGUCACGCUAAUUAUUGGAUUUGUAAGGAGUAUGCUUGCCCUUAAGGAGUACGAAAGCAGCGAUGAUAAUGCCGAAUCAGAAGCUGAAACAGAAAACACGAAAUGUGAGGUUAACCGUGACUGUAAUCCUAAGCAUGAUUCCACCGAUUCAUUUCUUUCCAUGGAAAAAUUAGCAGUGUCGGAUAAAUUACAAAUUUGUUCUGCGCCAGAAGUGGUCCCAACGGGAACUGAAUUAUGUGUAAGGCACGUGGAUACUACAGUGGGUGAAGUUAUGCAUAAUCCCAAGUAUGAGGAGCUGUUUGCACCCGACGUUGGGCCUGAAAAUCCUUUUAAAACACAACAACAACGUGCUAUAAAAAAUAUGCUUUCUGGAUAUGUAGAGAAAGCUCAUAUAAGUGAAUUUCAAUUUGAAAAUCAAAGAAGAACUUUUGCUAGUUACGGCUAUGCAUUGGAUCCAACUGUGGAUGGUAGCUCGGAAGAAGGCAGAAUGAUUAUUGGAGCAAAAGAAGCAGCAGAAGAAUUGGGUGGUAAGACUGUAUUUGAAAGUACAACUCUGAGACCAUCUGAUAAAAGAAAGCGACAUAGGAACGACGAUCCUGCCGAUGUAGAGGGAUUCUUAGGUCCAUGGGGUGGAUACAUGGAUGAGAAACGUGUUAUAAAACCAACAGAAGAAGAAGCUGCAGAAUUAGAGGAAAUAUUGGCCAAGAGAAAUAGAAGAGGAAAACCUAUGGAAGAGAAACCCCUGGAGGAGAAGACAGUGUUGCAUAUCAAGGAUAGCGUAGACUACCAAGGAAGAUCAUUUUUACAUGCUCCGCAAGAUGUUGGGGUGAAUUUAAGGUCUGAUUCGCCACCCGAUAGAUGCUUCCUACCAAAAGCACAAAUUCACAGUUGGGAGGGUCACACAAAGGGUAUCUCUCAAAUCAGGUGGUUUCCUCGUACAGCACACUUGUUACUCUCAUGCGGUAUGGAUUGUAGAGUCAAAUUAUGGGAAGUGUACAAAGAAAGAAGAUGCAUCCGAACAUACUAUGGCCAUCGUCAGGCUGUCAGAGAUAUAAGUUUUGACAAUGAUGGAAAGAGAUUUUUAUCAGCAGGAUACGAUCGUUAUGUGAAACUUUGGGAUACAGAAACUGGUGCUUGCAUUAGUCGAUUUACAAAUAGAAAGAUUCCAUAUUGCGUAAAAUUUAACCCAGAUUUGGACAAACAACAUUUAUUUGUAGCAGGAACUAGCGACAAGAAGAUCAUUUGCUGGGAUGUUCGAUCCGGUGAAAUAACGCAAGAAUAUGAUAGACAUUUGGGAGCGGUAAACACGAUAACAUUCGUAGAUGAAAAUCGGCGUUUUGUGACUACUUCAGAUGAUAAAAGCUUGAGAGUCUGGGAAUGGGAUAUACCAGUCGACAUGAAAUAUAUAGCAGAUCCUUCGAUGCACUCUAUGCCAGCAGUGACGCCAUCACCUAAUCAAAAAUGGCUUGCAUGUCAAAGUAUGGAUAAUAAAAUAGUUAUAUUUUCUGCAUUAAAUAGAUUUAAGAUGAAUCGUAAGAAAACAUUCACCGGGCAUAUGGUUGCUGGUUAUGCGUGUGGCUUGGACUUUUCUCCUGAUAUGAGUUAUCUUGUAUCGGGUGACGCAGACGGCAAAUGUUAUAUUUGGGACUGGAAAACGACAAAAUUGUACAAAAAAUGGAAAGCACACGAUGGUGUAUGUAUCGACGUAUUAUGGCAUCCACAUGAACCUUCAAGACUCGCGACAGCUGGCUGGGAUGGAAAAAUCAAGUAUUGGGACUAAGAAUUAAAGAGAAAUUCCAUUGUAUUUUUCGACGAUGUUGCGUACUUGUAUUUUAUUAUAUGCAUAUACAAUCUAUAUUCUAGACAAAUAAAAUUCGUCUCACUCGUUUAAA